AUGUCUUACGUUUGCAACUCCGGGAACUUCUCCUCACAGUCUUUUGGAGGCUUCUUGAGGCAGCCUGUCUCCACCUAUGGCUCUUUCUACCCCACCAACAACGUAGUCUAUUCUCCAAAGAACUUCCAGCUGGGCUCCUCUUUCUAUGGACAGCAGGAGACCUUCGAGGAGCCACUUGAAAACCACUCACCCUGUGUUGGGACCAGAUACUUCCAGACAUCCAGCUUCCGGCCCAGGCAGUACUUCUCCAGCCCCUGCCAGGGAGGCUUUACUGGCUCUUUUGGAUACGGCAAUUCAGGCUUUGGGUCUUAUGGGUAUGGAAGCUCUGGCAUUCGCUCUCAGGUCUAUGGAUCCAGCUUCCACCGUCCAGGAUUCUUUUCCUCCAAGAGCAUCCAAUCAUCUUACUACCAGCCAGGCUUUAGCUCUCGCUUUUGCGGGUCAGCUUUCUGA